AUGGGUGAUAACAUUAAAUUAAGGGAUCUGCUAUGGUAUAAACCUUGUAAUGAAACAACAUUGUUGGAAUACCGACUUGACAAAGGCAUAGUUCAAGAUUUUAUGGAUUCUGAAACAAGUACUUGGAAAGUUGAACUCAUUGCAAAUAUAUAUGACACAAGAGUUGCACGAGAGAUUAUAAAUACCCCACAUUCAAAGUUUGGACUUCCAGAUAAAAUUUUAUGGUCUCAUUCAAAGAAAGGGAUAUACAAGGUUGAUGAGGGAUACAAAUUAGUUACUAUGGAGCAAGAUGGGAUAGCUAAUUAUGUUAUGAAUGGAAUGGGUUGGAAAAAUCUUUGGAAACUACAAACCCCAUACAAAAUUUGUAUGUUCUUAUGGAAACUGUUACACAAUGGGUUACCCACUAGAAUGGAGCUAAUCAGAAGACAAAUAAUGGUCAGUCCCAAAUGUGUAAUGUGUGAUCAAGAAGAUGAAACGUUGGAUCAUCUUUUUCUCAAAUGUCCUUUUGCUAGAGCUUUAUGGUUUGUCUUGUCUCAAAACAUUCGAUCUGAAGCUAUUCCAUCUGUUCGACAAUGGUUGAUAACCGUUCUCAAAAAAUGCAAAGCAGGUAAUGGACAGGAAGAUAAAGUUCUUAAAGAUAUUAGUGCCACUCUUGGGUGA